AACAAAUUAGUACGUACAUCAUACACCAUAGUCCGUAUCCUACCAAUACUAGCAAAAGGUCAAAAGAAAAAGAUGGAUGGCCUGAAAGGUGGAACCGAUCAUUUCAUGCUGGCCGGCUGAUGCUUCAACCAGUCACCUCGGUCUAUUCGGCUCCGAUACUCAACCCCGUAAAAAGAUGGCCUAGCCAUUUUGGCCCAAAAGCAAUACCCAAGUCCAACACUCCCAUCUUGUCGAAUAAUCUAAUCUCUAACUAAUUAUAUCUUUGACACCACUGUUACUUCCACUCAAUCCGGUUUUAAGGACCCCAUUCUUUGCGAUUUGUUCUGAUGUGCAGUGCAACGGUCAUUCCUGUAUUCAAAUCCUGAGAUGAAUGCGCCCACCUUUUCUUGAAUUUUCAUUGCAUUCUGCAGGCCAGUGGAAACCCCAAUUACGAUUAUCCCUCAUUGCAAGAGAUAACGUUGUUUAGAAGUGCUUCGGCUGAUACUGAUUAAAGGAAAAUAUUAGACCAAAAAUGGCGCUUCUUGAGCAACAAAACUACAAUGGUGAAUCAGACCAUAGUGAUGGAUAUGAUUCUGAUGAUUCCGAAGAAGACCCAGAUUUUGAUAUUCUUGAAGAAAGUCGAUCCAGCUUUUCCGGGCUGUCCAUUAGGAGAAAAUCCAAUCUUGGUAUUGACAAGGAAAUGAUCAAGUAUGCGGAGGGAGAAGGUGACCCAGAUGUUACAGAAGUGGUUGUUCCCGGACUUGAUGAGAAAGAUCAAAAAGGUUAUGAGACUAUUCAGAAGGUCAUUGGAGCUGGUCAGUUGGAGAAGCUUAAAGUGGAUCAGUGCAAGGUGUAUCUGAGGAAACAUGGUUUGAGAUUAACGGGCAACAAAGAAACCCUUAUUCAGCGUAUUAGAGAACAUCUUGAUAUCCUCAAUGGUGGAGGGGAGAAAAAGUACCCUGCUUCUAGUUUUCUUGUGAACUGCAAAGGUGAUGCAUGCACUGGUGACAUCAUCCUGUUCAAACAAACUGUAUAUGGAAUGUUCAACAUUGCCUCAAGGAGUGCAAGUGGGCCCCCUUGCGGGACUCGACUGGUUGCUGGCAGGAUAGUAAAAGAGAGUUAUGGUGCUGCAAAGCAACAACAUACCUUUACGAUUGAAGUACUAUGGAGCAAAGGAGAGAAAUCGCUACCCCCACUUCAUCCCCUUCUCAUCAAGGGCAGAAAUCUUUAUAGGUUAACAACAAUGAGGCAGAGGUGGGAAGAUGAAGAGGAAAGGAAAAGGAUCUUGUCAGAAAAGCAUGCUAGAGGUGCUGUUGCUCGUUCAAAUAGGGAAACUCGUGUGCUAGAAAGAGACAUGCGGAAAGUGCUGAAGUCAGAUAGGGUACUGAAGAAAGAACACAGUUUUAGAAAACAGGAAGAGAAUAGAAAACAAAUGCAAUGUUCUCUCUCCAUUCCCUUGAACAACAACAUACAACCUGAACAGCAGCCAGAGGACAUGCAGGACACUUGCCAAUCUCAACAUUUUAAGAAGAAGGAAUGCUGGGAGUUGAGAAGCUUCAAGGAUAAAACUUCUGCUAGGCAAGAAGAUCCAGGGUAUGUGCAGAUGAGGUCUAAAAUUUGCACGGAUGCUAAUGUCCCAUUGGAAGGGAAUCUUUCUAGGCGACCUUUUACCAGUAUGAAUUGCAAUCUUCCAGGGCAUCCUUCUUGGAUGAAAACCCAUGAGGUCCAAACUAAGUUCAAGAAUUCAAUGACCUCAGUUUACGGGGCGGUAAAAAAUGCCAGACACGCAAACCACAGAAGUGUUAUAAAUCAUCCAAGAGCCCCAGCUGGUUGUGAAAUUAGCAGCACUAAUUCUUUGAGUUCUUCAACAAAAAGCCAUGUAUAUGCCAAAAAUGAGAAUGCACAGCAAAAGGAUUUCUAUCAUAGAAAUUGUGGUAUGAAUAAUCCUCUGAAGAGUUCAGAGCAGAUGCGUGCUUAUGUUCGGGUUGAGAAUUUUGACGCAUCCAGGGAUAUAGUCCAAGGACAUUUAAAGGAAAAGAAGCAGCUGUGCAGGUACUAUGCUCAAGGAAGGUGUUAUUAUGGAUACAAGUGCAAGUAUUUGCACGAGGUUUAACAAAAUUAGAAACUACUAUGACCAGUUUGUCCACUCUGCUCAAUUUUCUACGGAGCUGGCUAGUUUUUUUUUUUUUAUCUGCUUUCGGCUUGUACUCAUCUGUGUUUCCGCUUCAAUCUGGAGAGGCUAUAGCGAUACUCAGGCAAACUCGUAGUUCAGUCUGGGUUGAGUGACACCGAUUCUAAUUCAAGAGAAGCUGUAAUUUUGCCGGCAGGAGAAUGGUUGACCUUUCACCAACUUGUCAACACAUUUUUGUCUCUAUGCAUUUUUGUGGCUUGCCUUGUGUCCGAGAAGAAAUGGCAGUCUAAUCUGCAAUGAAUUUCCUUUAUUGCUGUUUCAUUUCGACAAAUUAAUUUCCAACAGGCUGCCAUUUGUUCAAAGCUUGCACCUAUUUGAGCUAUGAUCCAAUUCCAGCACAAGGAGUUAACGUCAGGCACAUGUUGCAAUUUGCGCAAUAAUGCGGUUUAACAGAUUCUCUUUCUCAGUGUUGAAUGUUGACGCUUGGAGAUGUCUAAUAAAACCUGAAUAUUGCCUAUCUUUCCUGUUGGAAUAUUAGUGUAGCCUACACGAUCACAUGAUAUUGUACCAAUAUUCAUUAAUUACC